AUGAAACUUUCCUUGGCGUCACUUCUUACCGCUGCGCUCAGCGUCCAGGGGCAUGCCAUCUUUCAGAAAGUCUCCAUCAACGGCCAAGACCAUGGCCAAUUGACCGGCCUGCGUGCGCCCAACACCAACUACCCAGUUGAAGAUGUAAAUAGCCAGGACAUCAUCUGCGGUCAAUCUGGACAUAGGUCAUCGACCAUCCUCAACGUCAGGGCUGGUGACAGAAUUGGUACCUUUUGGGGCCAUGUCAUUGGCGGUGCUCAGUUCCCUGGCGACCCCGACAAUCCGAUUGCCAGGUCUCACAAGGGCCCUAUUCAGGUCUAUCUUGCCAAGGUAGACAAUGCUGCGAGCGCAAGCCACACCGGCCUGAGAUGGUUCAAGAUUUGGUCAGAAGGUUUUGACGUCGGCAGCAAGAGAUGGGGCGUUGAUACCAUGAUCAACAACGGCGGCUGGUACUACUUCAAUUUGCCGCAAUGCAUUGCGGACGGCCAGUACCUCAUGCGUGUCGAGCUGCUGGCUCUUCACUCGGCUGGCAACUACCGCGGAGCGCAGUUCUACCAGUCAUGUGCUCAGAUCAACGUCUCGGGUGGUGGUUCCUUCACUCCAUCCCAGACAGUCAGCUUCCCCGGCGCCUACAGCCAGAACGAUCCGGGCAUCUUGGUCAAUAUCUAUGGCCUCACUGGUCAGCCCGACAAUGGUGGCAAGCCAUACCAAGCCCCUGGGCCGGCUCCCAUCACGUGCUAA